GUAUUGGAAUUGCUAAAAAAGGAGUUCAAACUGCUCUCGAUACUGGUACAAUGGAUGAAUUUAUUGGUAUAUUGCAUAGUUUUAUUGAAUUAAAAUCGAUUCAGUCUGAUAAUUCAUUAGGAUUGGGCAAUAUUGGGCUAGUAACAAAUCUUCACAUUAUUUUACAUCAUGGCUGA